AUGAAUUCAAAAUUUAAACUGAAAGCCACCGAAUUGGGAGCCUUUGCCGCAAAAGCCGCGAUACAAAGUCUCAACAAGACCGUUCCCAUUGACUCGGUGAUAUUCGGGAAUGUAUGCCAGACCGAUACUACAUGUGCAUAUUUAGCUCGUCAUGUUGGUCUCAGAGCAGGCCUGCCAAUAGAAACCCCGGCCUUAACUAUAAACAGACUGUGUGGUUCUGGUUUUCAAGCUGUUAUUAGUGCCGUCCAAGAAAUUCGCACCGGAGAUUCGAAUAUCGUUUUAACUGGUGGUACAGAAAAUAUGAGUCAAUCAGGCUAUAAUCUGUCGGCUAGCAUUAGGUGGGGGACUAGAUACGGUAGCGAUCUGAAACUCGAGGACUCUCUUGCUGCCACGUUGAUAGAUCAAUACCCGACCAAAACUCCCAUGGGAGUUACGGCCGAAAACCUGGCUAAAAAAUAUAAUAUUACACGCGAGGCAGCCGAUGAAUAUGCAUUGACAAGUCAAAAACGUUGGGAUGCCGCUAAUUCUGCUGGCCGUUUUCACGAUGAAAUAACGCCUGUUGAAAUCAAGAUAAAGAAUGGAACAGUGUCAUUUAAUAAGGAUGAGCAUGCUCGACCUCAAACAACGGCCGAACAAUUAGCCAAAUUACCAACGGUGUUCAAAAAAGAUGAUGGCGUUGUGACGGCGGGUAAUGCUUCCGGUAUAAGCGACGGUGCAGGUGCAAUAAUUGUGGCCAGUUCACAUGCGGUGGAAAGUCAUGGGUUAAAGCCCCUUGCGCGUAUAGUUAGCUAUCAUGUUUCCGGGGUUGAACCUACGAUCAUGGGGAUUGGUCCUGUACCUGCCAUCAAGGGUGCUUUGCAAAAGGCUAAAUUGAAUCUUUCAGACAUUGGUUUAAUUGAAGUGAACGAAGCAUUUGCACCUCAGUAUCUUGCUGUAGAAAAAGAAUUGGGAUUGAAUCGCGAAAUAACCAACACGAAUGGCGCUAUUGCUCUUGGACAUCCUCUCGCCGCAUCUGGUUCACGCAUUCUAGGCCAUUUGACAUACGAACUUCGAAGAACCAAUAUACAAUAUGCAAUUGGUUCUGCUUGCAUUGGUGGUGGUCAAGGGAUUGCCAUAAUUAUUGAAAGGGAUCAGGCCGAUUUAGAAAAGCACCUAUGUCAUCGGGAUCGUGCCAAGAUGGUCCCCUCAUUAUUCCUUGAGCAUUCAAUAAACUCGAACCUCUUGACACAAGUGUUGGCCGCUUGGCAUGAAACACGACUAAUAAUGAUUAGACCGAUGAACAUUCUUAUUGAAAUUACCAAUCUGGAAUAUAUGACAUGUGUUCUUCGGGAAACCAUUCAGAGUCUAAAUUUGGGGAAAUCGAAAGAAAAAGAUGCUAGCAACAACUCUCCAACAGGACUCCAGCUCAAAAACGCGAUUUUACGAUUGGCUGUUAGUGGCAUUCCGCUUCCAAACGAAGUGUUCCAUAGAACUAUUGAACCACCUGCCGAUCCACUUGCCAAAUAA